AUGCCAAUAACCCCAAACCCUCCGCCUUCUUGUACCCUCUGCCUGCCGGGGGCCUCUCCCGCGGUGGGCCACGGUGGGGCCGGGCCGGGGGCAGCCGAGAGGCCGCAGGGGCUGAGCCCCUCCUGUCGCCAUGGCAACCGAGCACCGGCUGCCGCCCGCCGGCCCAAUGGGGAGGCGGGAGGGGCGGUGGUGCCCCUGGUGCCGGAAGGGGCGUGUCGGCGGCGCCGGAAGCGGGCCCGCUCGCCGCAGGGUGUGUGUGCGUGCGCCGAGCGGCCGCCGCUCUCCAGUCGCCUCGCCCGCCGGGAUCCAGGCCGCGGUGCCGCCGCCCCCCGCCAGGUGAGGGUCCCGGGCCCGCCGCUGCCGGGGCUCCGUUCCCUUCGCCCUCCCCCGCCGCCAGGGCUGGGCCGCGCCGCUGCGGUUCCACGGGAGCCUGCGGGGGAGGCCUCCGCGGCCUGCCCCCACCUCCGCCUCUCCGCAGGCCGGACCCGUGUAUCCCCGCUGGCCGGCUCGGCCAGGGGCUCCCGAGGCCGCAGAGGGCCGCGGGAGGGCCGUGGGGGCCGGUGGCGGGUCCUGCCCCCCCCUUCGAGUAACGGAGUGACCCUCCCUCGCUGCCGCUGCGGGGCCGGGCGGGCGGUGCCGCCUCCUUCCCCCCCCCAGCUCCGGGCCCUGCCCCGCCUUGGGUGA